AUAACCGACCACUUGCCCACGCAAAAUAUAAAAAUAAAAAGACGCAGAGUUUUUAAUCACCCUUUAUUUCCUCUUCAAGAACCCUAAACCCAUCCGCAUCCCCAAUUCGAUAAUUGAAGAAAAUAACAUUUGUUUGAUCCGAUUGAAAUUUCUCUGCGCAAAAAUUAUUUCUCGCAAAUCUACGUGAACAAUGGCUACACCAAUGGUUGCAGGUGCUGCUGUAGCGGCAGCUGCUAUAGCUGGUAGAUAUGGUAUAUUGGCUUGGCAAGCCUUCAAGGCAAGACCACGCAUGCCUAGAAUGCGCAAGUUUUAUGAAGGUGGUUUCCAAGGUUCAAUGACACGGCGAGAAGCUGCUCUCAUUCUUGGAGUCAGGGAGAGUGUUGUGGCAGAGAAGGUGAAGGAAGCUCACCGGAGGGUGAUGGUUGCAAACCACCCGGACGCUGGAGGCAGCCACUAUCUUGCGUCUAAGAUCAAUGAAGCCAAAGAUAUGAUGCUUGGCAAAUCUAAUAACUCCGGUUCUGCAUUUUGAUUGUCAUGAUGAGCUUGAUAAACGUAACCCAACGGAACUCUGUAUUUUUUAUUUGAAUUUGUCUUGAAUGUUGCCACCAUUUCAUGAUGUAUAUCAUUACGAUUCCAAAGAAACAUUGAUCAAACAACUCUUUCUUCUCUAUUUUUGCCAAGCAGAUAACUUUUCUGCAUGUAAA